UGGUCUCCCCGGACCCUACGUUCACUAUAUCUGGUCUCCCAGGACCCUGCAUUCACUAUAUCUGGUCUCCCCGGACCCUGCAUUCCCUAUAUCUGGUCUCCCCGGACCCUACAUUCCCUAUAUCUGGUCUCCCCAGACCCUGCAUUCACUAUAUCUGGUCUCCCCAGACCCUGCAUUCACUAUAUCUGGUCUCCCCGGACCCGGCAUUCACUAUAUCUGGUCUCCGACAGUACACAGAACAUGGAAAUGCACUCUCCCACAAAAAUAAAAAAAAAAAACCUCUCUAGCAAUACACAGCAAACUGAGCAUGUACAGUGUCUCCACACGAUAUGUCAUAUCAGGUGAUAAGA